CUCUAGCGUGGUGUGCGCUUUGUCACGAAAAACGCGAAUAUUGUAUUCUUGUGUGUUUUUUGCGCGAAUCCGUUAAAGAAUGCACAUCGAUCGCGUCGAAAACAAACAGUGAUUGUUUACCGAACCGGCCUCCGCUCUUUUUCGUUAUUUUCCGUUGCGCCGCGUGCUCGCUUACGUUUUCCCACUCGUAUUUGCACCGCGACUUGCGGAGUAGGUGAAAAGUGUGACGACGCAGCAGCCGCAGCAGCCCACCAGCGAAACAUCAAGCGGAAAGUUAGCUGGCGCGGUCGCUACCACUUAGUGGGGUCCAGCAGCCAGGAUGAGCACCACAACAGACUCAAAGGCGCCGUUGCGCCAGGUGAAGCGUGUACAGUUCGGCAUUUUGUCACCUGAUGAAAUUCGCCGCAUGUCCGUCACCGAGGGCGGCGUCCAGUUCGCCGAGACAAUGGAGGGCGGACGACCCAAGUUGGGUGGCCUUAUGGAUCCGCGACAGGGUGUCAUUGACAGAACAUCAAGGUGCCAGACCUGUGCCGGCAACAUGACCGAAUGUCCGGGUCAUUUUGGACACAUUGAUCUGGCCAAGCCGGUUUUCCACAUUGGUUUCGUCACAAAAACCAUCAAGAUUCUGCGUUGCGUAUGCUUUUAUUGCUCCAAAAUGCUGGUUUCCCCGCAGAAUCCCAAAAUCAAGGAGAUCAUGCUCAAGUCGAAGGGACAGCCUCGCAAGCGUUUGGCCUACGUCUACGAUUUGUGCAAGGGCAAGACCAUUUGCGAGGGUGGCGAGGACAUGGACCUGACCAAGGACAACCAGCCGCCGGAUCCAAACAAGAAGCCCGGUCACGGCGGUUGCGGUCACUAUCAGCCGUCCAUUAGGAGAACUGGAUUGGAUUUAACGGCAGAAUGGAAACAUGCCAACGAGGACUCGCAGGAAAAGAAGAUUGUGGUGUCAGCGGAACGUGUGUGGGAGAUCCUUAAGCACAUCACCGAUGAAGAAUGCAUCCUGCUGGGCAUGGAUCCCAAAUUCGCUCGCCCCGAUUGGAUGAUUGUCACCGUGUUGCCUGUACCGCCGCUAGCCGUCCGUCCGGCUGUCGUGAUGUUCGGUGCGGCCAAGAAUCAGGAUGAUUUGACUCACAAGCUAUCCGAUAUUAUCAAGGCCAACAAUGAGCUGCGAAAGAACGAGGCCAGUGGAGCGGCUGCGCAUGUUAUUCAGGAGAACAUCAAAAUGCUGCAAUUCCAUGUGGCCACCCUGGUGGACAACGAUAUGCCCGGCAUGCCCAGAGCCAUGCAAAAGUCCGGCAAACCCCUGAAAGCCAUCAAGGCUCGUCUCAAGGGUAAGGAGGGCAGGAUUCGAGGAAAUUUGAUGGGCAAACGUGUCGACUUCUCGGCGCGUACUGUCAUCACACCGGAUCCCAAUUUACGUAUCGAUCAGGUCGGUGUACCGCGCUCCAUUGCCCAGAAUCUGACGUUCCCCGAGUUGGUCACUCCCUUCAAUAUCGAUCGGAUGCAGGAGCUGGUGCAGGGUAACUCACAAUAUCCGGGCGCUAAAUACAUUGUCCGUGACAAUGGCGAGCGCAUUGAUUUGCGUUUCCAUCCCAAAUCCUCGGACCUGCAUCUCCAGUGCGGCUACAAAGUGGAACGGCAUUUGCGUGACGACGAUCUGGUCAUCUUCAAUCGUCAGCCCACACUCCACAAGAUGAGUAUGAUGGGGCACAGAGUGAAGGUGCUGCCGUGGUCUACCUUCCGCAUGAACCUCUCGUGUACAUCGCCCUACAAUGCUGAUUUCGAUGGUGACGAGAUGAACCUCCAUGUUCCCCAGUCGAUGGAGACGCGUGCCGAGGUGGAGAACAUCCAUAUAACACCCAGACAGAUUAUUACACCGCAGGCGAACAAACCCGUCAUGGGUAUUGUGCAGGACACACUGACAGCGGUCCGUAAGAUGACCAAACGAGAUGUCUUCAUAACCCGAGAACAAAUGAUGAAUCUUUUGAUGUUCCUGCCCACGUGGGAUGGCAAAAUGCCGCAGCCAUGCAUCCUGAAGCCUCGCCCCCUGUGGACCGGCAAGCAGAUCUUUUCAUUGAUUAUACCCGGCAAUGUGAACAUGAUUCGUACGCAUUCUACGCAUCCCGAUGAGGAGGACGAUGGUCCCUACAAAUGGAUAUCACCCGGUGACACCAAAGUAAUGGUGGAACACGGUGAACUGAUUAUGGGCAUUCUCUGUAAGAAGACGCUGGGAACAUCGGCCGGCUCGCUGUUGCAUAUCUGUUUCCUGGAAUUGGGACACGAGAUUGCCGGUCGAUUCUAUGGCAACAUCCAGACGGUGAUCAAUAACUGGCUACUCCUGGAAGGCCAUAGUAUUGGUAUUGGUGACACAAUUGCCGAUCCGCAGACAUAUAACGAGAUCCAGAUGGCCAUUAAGAAGGCCAAAGAUGAUGUGAUAAACGUUAUCCAAAAGGCGCACAACAUGGAACUGGAGCCAACGCCAGGCAACACGUUGCGUCAGACAUUCGAGAACAAGGUGAAUCGCAUUCUGAACGAUGCUCGUGACAAGACCGGUGGCUCCGCCAAGAAAUCCCUUACCGAGUACAACAAUCUAAAGGCCAUGGUGGUGUCCGGUUCGAAGGGUUCCAACAUCAACAUCUCACAGGUUAUCGCUUGUGUGGGCCAGCAGAACGUUGAGGGCAAGCGUAUACCAUACGGAUUCCGUAAGCGCACCCUGCCGCAUUUCAUCAAGGAUGAUUAUGGUCCCGAGUCGCGUGGCUUUGUGGAGAAUUCCUAUCUGGCCGGUUUGACACCCUCCGAGUUCUAUUUCCACGCCAUGGGUGGUCGUGAGGGUCUCAUUGAUACCGCCGUCAAGACAGCCGAAACUGGUUACAUUCAGCGACGUCUCAUCAAGGCUAUGGAGUCGGUGAUGGUGAACUAUGAUGGCACCGUGCGUAACUCUGUGGGUCAACUGAUCCAGUUGCGUUAUGGCGAGGAUGGUCUCUGCGGUGAGUUGGUGGAGUUCCAGAAUUUGCCAACCGUCAAACUAUCCAACAAGGCAUUCGAGAAGCGUUUCAAAUUCGACUGGAGCAACGAGCGGUACAUGCGGAAGGUGUUCAAUGACGAUGUAAUCAAGGAGGUCACCGACAGCAGCGAGGCAAUCCAGGAACUGGAGGCUGAGUGGGAUCAUCUGGUCUCCGAUCGUGACAGUUUGCGACAAAUCUUCCCUAAUGGCGACUCCAAGGUGGUGCUGCCGUGUAAUCUCCAGCGUAUGAUUUGGAACGUACAGAAGAUCUUUCACAUUAACAAACGCCUGCCCACGGAUUUGUCGCCCAUGCGGGUGAUCAAUGGCGUCAAAGGAUUGCUGGAGAGAUGCGUCAUUGUGACGGGCAACGACCGCAUAUCGAAGCAGGCCAAUGAGAAUGCCACACUGCUGUUCCAGUGCCUUAUCCGGUCCACACUCUGCACCAAGUACGUGUCGGAGGAGUUCCGUCUGUCAGCCGAGGCGUUCGAGUGGUUGAUUGGAGAAAUUGAGACGAGAUUCCAACAGGCUCAAGCCAAUCCCGGCGAGAUGGUGGGCGCCUUGGCUGCCCAGAGUUUGGGUGAGCCUGCCACACAGAUGACACUGAACACUUUCCAUUUUGCUGGUGUGUCCUCGAAGAACGUAACCCUGGGUGUGCCGCGUCUCAAGGAGAUUAUCAAUAUCUCCAAGAAGCCCAAGGCCCCAUCACUAACAGUUUUCCUCACUGGCGGUGCUGCCCGUGAUGCGGAGAAGGCCAAGAAUGUGCUGUGCCGGCUGGAGCAUACAACGCUGCGCAAGGUGACGGCCAAUACAGCAAUUUACUACGAUCCGGAUCCACAGCGAACGGUGAUAUCCGAGGAUCAGGAGUUUGUCAAUGUUUACUACGAAAUGCCUGACUUUGAUCCCACGCGCAUCUCACCCUGGCUACUCCGCAUCGAGCUGGAUCGCAAACGAAUGACGGACAAGAAGCUGACCAUGGAGCAGAUUGCCGAGAAGAUCAAUGUGGGUUUCGGUGAGGAUCUCAACUGCAUCUUUAACGACGACAACGCUGACAAGCUGGUGCUGCGCAUCAGGAUUAUGAACAAUGAGGAGAACAAGUUCCAGGAUGAGGACGAGGCCGUCGACAAGAUGGAGGAUGACAUGUUCCUGCGUUGCAUCGAAGCCAACAUGCUGUCGGAUAUGACACUGCAGGGCAUUGAGGCCAUUGGCAAGGUGUAUAUGCAUUUGCCGCAAACGGACAGCAAGAAGCGCAUUGUUAUCACAGAGACGGGAGAGUUUAAGGCCAUCGGUGAAUGGCUGCUUGAGACGGACGGCACAUCGAUGAUGAAGGUGCUCUCCGAACGUGAUGUUGACCCCAUUCGUACCUCGUCCAACGACAUCUGCGAGAUCUUCCAGGUGCUGGGCAUCGAGGCGGUGCGAAAGUCUGUCGAGAAGGAAAUGAACGCUGUCCUGCAGUUCUAUGGCCUGUACGUGAACUAUCGUCACUUGGCCCUGUUGUGCGACGUGAUGACCGCCAAGGGUCACUUGAUGGCCAUCACACGUCACGGUAUCAAUAGGCAGGAUACUGGUGCUCUUAUGCGUUGCUCCUUCGAGGAGACAGUGGAUGUGCUUAUGGAUGCCGCCGCUCAUGCUGAAACCGAUCCAAUGAGAGGUGUAUCCGAGAACAUUAUCAUGGGACAGUUGCCCAAAAUGGGUACCGGCUGCUUCGAUCUGCUGCUGGAUGCUGAAAAGUGCCGUUUCGGCAUUGAGAUUCCCAAUACACUGGGCAGCAGUAUGCUGGGCGGUGCUGCCAUGUUCAUUGGCGGUGGCUCAACGCCGAGCAUGACGCCUCCAAUGACGCCGUGGGUUAACUGCAACACGCCGCGCUACUUUUCGCCGCCAGGCCAUGUGAGUGCCAUGACACCGGGUGGACCCAGUUUCUCACCCUCGGCAGCUUCGGAUGCAUCUGGUAUGUCGCCCAGUUGGUCACCAGCGCAUCCAGGCUCAUCGCCCAGCUCACCGGGACCCUCGAUGUCACCAUAUUUCCCUACUUCGCCCAGUGUGUCGCCCUCGUAUUCGCCCACAAGUCCCAACUACACGGCCUCUUCGCCGGGUGGAGCCUCACCGAACUACUCACCAUCCAGUCCCAAUUAUUCACCGACAUCGCCGCUAUAUGCAUCUGCAAGUCCGCGUUAUGCCUCAACGACACCGAAUUUCAAUCCCCAGUCUACGGGUUAUUCGCCAUCGUCAUCUGGAUAUUCACCGACGUCACCGGUUUACUCGCCCACGUCGAAUUUCCAGUCGAGUCCAUCGUUUGCCGGCAGCGGAAGCAACAUGUACUCACCAGGCAAUGCCUAUUCACCAAACUCUUCAAACUAUUCACCUAAUUCUCCAUCUUAUUCACCGACAUCUCCAUCGUACUCGCCCUCGAGUCCAUCGUACUCACCGACUUCACCGUGCUAUUCGCCCACAUCGCCUUCGUACUCACCAACGAGUCCGAAUUACACGCCAGUAACACCUUCCUACUCGCCAACGAGUCCAAACUAUUCGGCAUCUCCACAUUAUUCACCAGCCUCACCAGCCUACUCGCAAACGGGAGUGAAGUACUCGCCAACAUCACCGACGUACUCACCGCCAUCACCCUCGUACGAUGGUUCACCAGGAUCACCGCAAUAUACGCCCGGAUCACCGCAGUACUCACCGGCCUCACCCAAAUAUUCACCGACGUCACCGCUCUACUCUCCGAGUUCGCCGCAACAUUCACCGUCGAACCAGUACAGUCCAACUGGCUCCACAUACUCGGCGACAAGUCCACGCUACUCGCCCAACAUGUCCAUAUAUUCACCCAGCAGCACCAAGUACUCGCCCACAUCGCCGACGUACACGCCAACGGCCCGUAACUAUUCGCCCACAUCUCCGAUGUACUCACCAACGGCGCCAUCGCACUACAGUCCCACAAGUCCGGCGUACUCGCCCAGUAGUCCGACGUUCGAGGAAAGUGACGAUUAAAGGAGUCAGCAAAUUAGAACCAGGAGAAUUAAUAUACUGAAGAUAUAGUAGUUGAAUCCCCAUAGUGGGUAAGUUGUGGUUAAGACAUCCCUUUUAUUGUUCGAUCCUUUUAGGGGGGAAAACGGUUAUUACUAUUAUAUUAGUUUAUAAUUUCAAAAGUUGGACAAUUACGUUUAGAUUUCAUUGAUUGCACAUUCUCCACACUUAAAUUUAUUGAAUUCCGAUUAAAAAACACAAAUCGCAGAUUAACCCAAGAUCAUUCAACAUUUUAUUUAAUUUUUAACAAAAAUUACCAGAGUUUCUUUCUUUGCAUUGUUUGUAUCGUGACCUAUAUAUAGUUAGAGACCAUAGUUGAUAAGGUAAAAAUGAUAACAGAGAGUAAUGAAUGAACCGUGGGGUUGUUCCCCCCCCACUAUAAUAGGAAUCGUCUUCUUAAUAUCACAUAUUACUAUAUAUUUUUUUUUAAACAAAAAACAGCCUACACACAAGUUAUGUCUGCUGCAGUCCCAGAAAGAAAGUUUUGUUGCCUGCAUACUAUAUUGUAUAUAGGCAUGCAUAUAAUCUAUAUAACCAUAUAUCUAUAUAU